CGGGGCUCAUGUUACACCUGAGGUGGUAACUACCCAUGGAGCUCCGCCACACGGGCGGUAUCCGAACCGGGUUCAUGUACCUGCGCUGCUGGUCUCGGGGCAGCCCUUGAUCGGUGACGCGGGCCGGUGUGGGUUCAGUGCGUGUGUUACAUGUGUGUGGAUGAACGGGCGAAGGGCUGGAUAUUCCUUAUAGGACGGCAGUGACACCGUGUCCGACACAGCUCCGCUGGGCGCUGGACGCGGCUCCUACACGGAGACACGAAUAAACGGUCAUCACAAUCAAGUGCACAACAUAGAAACAGACGGUUCCAAACGAGGGAACCGAUCACUGAAAGCGAUGGAAGACGCUGGAAGCCAAUGAAAAAACGACCGGUGUUUUUGACCCGGAGUUUGCUGUUCAUAGUUACAACAGCUUUCAGCUGUUUAGAUCGUGUCAGUUGGAUAAAGGUUUUAUGUCAGCGCUUCACCAUGUCUUCUGGAAACACCUUAGAUGAUGAGGAUACUUUUAAGAUCCUCAUUGCGACAGACAUUCAUCUGGGCUAUCUUGAGAAAGAUGCCAUUCGUGGCAAUGACUCUUACAACACUUUUGAUGAGAUCCUGAAGCAUGCACAAACAAAUGAGGUUGACUUCAUCUUGCUUGGAGGAGAUUUGUUCCAUGAGAACAAACCAACUCGCCGGUGCCUCCACACCUGCAUCACCAUGCUGAGGAAAUACUGCAUGGGAGAUACACCUAUUGCCUUCAACAUACUCAGUGACCAGACAGUGAAUUUCAACACCACCCAGUUUCCCUGGGUUAAUUAUCAGGACCAAAACCUCAAUAUCUCCAUUCCUGUGUUUAGCAUUCAUGGUAACCAUGAUGACCCAACCGGGGCUGAAGGACUGUGUGCGUUGGAUCUACUUCACGCCUCAGGUCUCGUCAAUCACUUUGGUCACUCUCAGUCAGUGGAGAGGAUCGAGAUAAGCCCUGUUCUUUUGCAGAAGGGUAGCACCAAACUGGCCUUAUAUGGUCUUGGUUCUAUCCCUGAUGAACGACUUUAUAGAAUGUUUGUCAACAACCAAGUGACAAUGCUUCGACCCAAAGAAGACCAGGACCAGUGGUUCAACCUCUUCACCAUUCACCAGAACAGGAGCAAGCAUGGUCCCACAAACUACAUCCCUGAGCAAUUUCUGGAUGAAUUUCUGGACCUGGUCGUCUGGGGUCAUGAGCACGAGUGUCUGAUCGCACCCUCCAGAAAUGAGCAGCAACUCUUCUACGUCACGCAGCCUGGCAGCUCUGUAGCCACGUCGCUGUCUCCUGGAGAGGCGGCCAAGAAGCACGUGGGGUUGCUGAGAGUCAAAGGUCGCAAAAUGAAUCUCCAAAAGAUUCCCCUCAACACAGUGCGUCAGUUCCUCAUUGAGGACAUCGUUCUGGCUGAUUACCAAGAUCUUUUCUCACCAGAAACGCCGAAUGUGACAAAAAAAGUUGAAAGUUUCUGCCACGCAAAGGUGGAUGAGAUGUUGCAAGAAGCAGAACGGGAACGACUUGGCUGUCCACUCACGCCAGAGAAACCUCUGAUCCGCCUCAGGGUGGACUACAGCGGUGGAUUUGAGACGUUCAACACGUCCCGCUUCAGUCAGAAGUUUGUGGACCGCGUUGCAAACCCGAAAGACAUCAUUCACUUUCUCAGAAGUCGAGAACAGAAAGCUGAUAACAAAGAUGACGUUCAUGUGGAUUACAGCAAGUUGGUGAAGACCUCAGCAGUAGAGGGGCUGAGAGUGGAAGACAUGGUCAAGAAGUACUUUGAGGCAGCUGAACAGAAAGUCCAGCUCUCCCUGCUGACGGAGCAUGGAAUGGGAAAGGCCAUACAGGAGUUUGUAGACAAGGAUGAGAAAGAUGCCAUCGAAGAGCUGAUCACGUAUCAACUGGAGAAAACGCAGCGCCACCUACAGAGCAGGGCAGUACUCACAGAGCAAGAGAUUGACACAGAGGUGAAAAAGCUCAAGGACUCCAAGAAGAACACAGCCGAGGAAGAUGAUGAAAUAAAAGAGGCGAUCAACAGAGCCAAAGCUCACAGAUCACAGCGUGGUGAUGACGCUGUAGACAUGGACUUAUCUGAUGAGCUGCAGAAUGUUGCGGAGGAUUCUGACGAGGGUCCCUCGUACGCUCCUCCGACCAAAGGGAGAGGCAGAGGAAGCAGAGGGCGGGGAAGUCGAGGCCGAGGGAGAGGUGCAUCUGAACCAAAGCCCUCCGGUCGAGGCAGAGCCACAAAAGCGCCAUUGAAAACCCAAAGCAGGAGUAUCAUGCAAGCAUUUCAGGCUCCCUCCCAGACAACUUCUCGGCCUGGGGCAAGGUCCUUCGUAGAGGACGAGAUCUCCAUCGAAGACUCCGACGAUGACUUUCCGCUGAUGACAUCCACCAGGAAACCCCAGAAGACGCCGGCAUCAUUCUCCAGGCCGAGCCAGAGCCAAAGCCAGUCGUCAAGAGGAGUCGCAUUUGACGACAGUGAUGAAGAGGAUAAUCCGUUCAAGAGCCGCAGUGGGAGGAGAUGACUCCAACGCUUUGCUUGUGAGGUUCAUUAUUAUUAUUGUCAAGUACAGCUGCUAUUCCCAGUGAGGCAGUGAGCAGGAGGAGUGUUGUUUGAAGAACUACAGGUUUUUUCACUAAUCUUUGAUCAUAGCGACGGUUCAUAGUAGAGGCAUGAACUCAUAAUAGCUUCAUAUGUCUCGUUCAAGUGUUCAGCUAAAUAAUGAAGCGCUCGCAGCAACAUGGUGUGUGCCUUUCUUCAUUGUACUGUGUGACACUACGCUCCCCAGAAAUAAAAACAACCUUUUCAUAUAUGCACUAUUUUCUGAGCCACAAUAAAUUCAAAUGUCAAUGGUG